UGGGCCUUGCAUCAUCUGCCUUUUUGCAUCGCGCAUCCCGCAUCCGACCGACUUUGCGGGCAAGAGCGGUACCACACCAUGGCUUUCCACGCAAGUGGGCUGCCGAGUAUCGCAGCGGCGACCUCGGAUCUGUGGCCGUCACUUGCGAACACGCUACUAAUCCCCUGGAAAGGCGCUACCUACAACCCCCCAGCUCCGAACCGCGCCCGACCGCCCCGUACUUCCGUUGCCCAUCGGCCUUCAUCGUCGGCAACUCUCGCGAAGGCCCAAGAGGACUCCUCGCUGCGUGCGCAGGGCGACCCGAUAGCAAGGACCAGGACUGAGCUCCCCGACUUCCUCCGGGACGUGGUGCCAACCCCACGCUUCCUCGACCGUCGCUUCGCCGAUGCAUCCCCUACCAACAUCUUCUCGGAAAUAGCGAACACGUCUUCACGCUCGCUCGCCAUGGCGAACCCUCUCAUGCGCCGCUCCUAUGCGGCUCUGAUGGCCCCCCCCCUGGCACCCUUUCCCGGCCUCCGUUCGAUGAGCACCUACCAGCCCAGCCGCGUGCAGCAGUUCCCUUGGAUCAAGUUUCAGCAACCCUCUCGUGGCUUCCAGUCGCGAAGCUUCGGCACCGGCGGGAUUCCUCGCGAUCUCCUCGCCAACCGCGAGGCUGCCGCCAACCGGAAUCCCCACAGCGCCACCGCUCAAAACUCGUUCUACCAGCUUCUUCUCAAGGCCAACAUGCCUGCCAUUGUUGUUGAACGCUAUCAGUCCGGACGGUUUGCGACCAACGAAGCGGCCGAUGAAGCCUACCAGAGAGCGCUGGCCAUGAUCAACGGCACGGCCGGCCCGGCUGCCAGCGGCGAUGCGGCUGCCAAUGCCUCCUCCGGUCUCAGUUCGAGCAAGCUUCAGGCGGUCGGCCAGGCUGUGGCCGCCCACCGCUCCGGUAGCAACAUGGCAUUCUCGACGGGUUCCAACGGUAGCAAGAACGGUCCUCUGCACGUCAUCGUAGACGAAACGUUUGGCACCGCUGCUCUGAGAUGGAUCAAGUUUCUCCUGUGGUUUGGUCUCUGCGCUUAUCUGAGUCUCGUCCUGGUCACUAUGGUUGUCGAGGGUAUGACUAGCCUCAAGCGGCCGAGCAAGGUUGACGGUAUCGAUCCCAAGGCCGAGAACCAAAAGGCUCGCUUUUCCGACGUCCACGGCUGCGACGAGGCCAAGGAGGAGCUCCAGGAACUGGUCGAAUUCUUGCGGAACCCCGAAAAGUUCAGCAACCUCGGCGGCAAGCUGCCCAAGGGCGUGCUCCUCGUUGGCCCCCCGGGCACGGGCAAGACCCUGUUGGCUCGCGCCGUCGCCGGAGAGGCUGGCGUUCCCUUCUUCUACAUGUCUGGCAGCGAGUUCGACGAGAUCUACGUUGGCGUCGGCGCCAAGCGCGUCCGAGAGCUCUUCAAUGCCGCAAAGGCCAAGGCUCCUUCCAUCGUCUUCAUCGACGAGCUGGACGCCAUCGGCGGCAGACGCAACUCGCGCGACGCAACCUACGUUCGCCAGACCCUGAACCAGCUCCUCACCGAGAUGGACGGUUUCGCGCAGAAUAGCGGUGUCAUCAUCCUGGGCGCCACCAACUUCCCCGAGUCUCUCGACAAGGCGCUCACCCGCCCUGGCCGUUUUGACCGCCACGUCCACGUGUCUCUGCCCGACGUCCGCGGUCGGAUCGCCAUCCUGAAGCACCACGCCAAGAAAAUCAAGAUAGGCUCCGACGUCAACAUCGCGGCCAUCGCCGCCCGCACCUCGGGCCUGUCUGGUGCCGAGCUCGAGAACAUUGUCAACCAGGCGGCCGUCCAUGCCAGCAAGGAGAAGGCCAAGGCCGUCAUGCAAGCCCACUUUGAGUGGGCCAAGGACAAGGUCAUCAUGGGUGCCGAGAAGCGCAGCAUGGUCAUCACGCCCAAGGAGAAGGAGAUGACGGCUUACCACGAGGCCGGCCACGCCCUGGUCGCUUACUACUCCAAGGACACGGCGGGCGAACUCUACAAGGUCACGGUCCUUCCGCGCGGCCAGAGCCUCGGCCAUACCGCCUUCCUCCCGACGAUGGACAAGUAUUCGUAUUCGGUCCGUGACUACCUGGGCCUCAUCGACCGCGCCAUGGGCGGCAAAGUCGCCGAGGAGAUUGUCUACGGAAACGAGUUUGUGACUAGUGGUGUCAGCCAGGAUCUUGACUCUGCCACCCGCACGGCGUGGCAGAUGGUGGCUCAGCUCGGCAUGUCGGAGCGCUUGGGCCCGGUCGAGUAUCUGCGCGAUUACGAGCGCUUGAGCUCGGAGACGCGCGCCAUGGUCGAGGCCGAGGUCAAGAAGGUGCUCGACGAGUCGUACGCCCGCGCCCGAGCCCUGCUCGUCUCCAAGCGCGCCGAGCUUGACCUGCUCGCCAAGGCCCUUGUCGAGUACGAGACGCUGGACCGCGCCGAGGUCGAGAAGGUGCUGCGCGGCGAGAAGCUUGAGGGUCGAAUCUCGGUGCCGCCCGGGCCCAUGGCCGUGCCAAAGCCCCAGAAAUCGAUAGAGCCUGGCUUGCCGAUGCCGCCAUUGUCCGGCGGUGAUGAUGGUGAGAGUGCCGGGCCCGGGAGUCCACCGCCGCCCGCCCCGCCACCAGCACCUGCGAGGCAAAUAACAGUACUGGGCACCGGCGAGGUAGGAAAUGGGGAAAGGGAUGAAUGAGUUUUGAAAAGGAGGA